UGAAUCCGACAAAUUCUUUUCGAGUUAUUUAACAAUGACCAAAGGACGCUCGGGUGCUACGUGGCAUUCGAGAGCAGGUAGCUAGAAACAGCUGCAAGCAACCGACCUUUCGGGUUUCAUUGCCAUGAAUAUCUCCCCAUUUUAAUGUAGUACAAGAACUGAAAAAUAAUUUUUGGUUGCCAGUAUACCUGUAGUCGUUGCACUGAUCAGUCGAUAGUUUUGUGAUAAAUUAUUUCUCAAGUGAAUUAAAUUAUUAACCAUGGGACGUGAUUCUAGAAAGGUUUACAGAGUACAUCUUCUAAAAAAUUAAAACAAAACACUGAAGAUGAUGUACCUGAAGACAGCAGUACUGAAUUUCGAAUAAUAAAUUUGAUGAAAUUCGAGUGAUGAAAAACCGAAUCAUGAUAUGUGUCCAAAAGGCGAAGAAUCUUGGUGCUCUUACCAGCGCGCUGAAGCAAGAGGAGAGCUUGAUACCUAUUCUCACGAUUAUUCUCCCUUACCUUCUGAUGUUUUAAAAGCUAUCAAGCCUAUAUACGAAGGUCUUAGUAAUGAAAAUUUACUUUCAAGAUGUGUAGGUGGAUUCAAUCAGAAUAAUAAUGAAAGCUUUAACCAACUAGUAUGGAAAAUAUGCCCAAAAACGGUAAAUACUAGUUUUACUGUCGUACAAAUAGCUGCAUACGUUGCUAUGUGUAUAUUUAAUGAGGGUAUAAAUUCAUUAUUAGUCUUGAUGAAUACACUAGGACUUAAUUGUGGGCCUAAUUCUCAUCGGUAUGCAGAAAGAAUGGAUGCUGCACGUAUCAAAGUAGCAGAUAAGCGCGCUAAUGAUAACACCCGAGAAGGUCGAUUGCAACGUAGGCACCAGCAAAUCAAUAUUUUGGAAGCUGCUAUGACGGCUGAAGAGCUAUUAUAUGGUCCAGGAAUAGAUGACUCAGUAUGAAUCUCCAAGGACUUAUGAUGAUCACCGCAAAGGACUUCGGGAGGAACGGGCUCUACAAAAACAGCGAUAACUUUUUGAAUUAUUAAUUUUUUUUUUUGAAAUUUUCGUGAAGUCAAAUCGAAACGUGUUCUAAUAAAGCUAUGUUUUUAUUUUUGUCAAAUAAAGUAAUUAACUACAAAAAAAAAAUUAUUGAAAAUCAUCAUUUUUUCAGGCCUCUGAGUACCCCU